AUGAUCAAUUACUUAAAGCAAUUAGCAAGAAAGUACUCUACCAAUAAGCGGACAUCGGUGGCGCUAGUAGUCCUUACCUGUUUUGUAAUAUUUACUUUUCACCUUACAAAUAUUAAGGAUGAUCUCUUACCGGAAGGAUUCAAAUUUGAGCCCUUUCUGAACGCCAAAGCUGAUGAGCCCAUCGACAAACCGCUCUCUAAUUUUCGUCCACCACAUAAAGGACAUCAAAAUGGAGAUGUUUUGGUGAGCGAUUUCCCGGCGAACAAGUUGUUGAUUAUAUUCCCAUCUUCGUAUAAGGUUGCCAAUCUUAAAGAUGAAUAUCGUGAAAAAUUCGGUUCAUUGCCUCCUGGAGCCGAAAUCUUUAACUAUCACCAAAAGAAUAAGUACAUGGCGUCGCCUUUCUCUGAUGUUAUCUUCCUGGAGCCAGGAUUUCAAACCCAUAACUUGGAGGUGUUUAACUCCCACAGAAAUAUUGACCUGGACAUGGAGAAAUGUAAUUCAAUUAAGGAAAAUAUUUCUGUUGAAGCUUCCACUGAAGUAGAACUAACAAGUCGACUUGCUGAUGUGUUAGACAAGUUUAGACAGGAGAAUUCCCCAUACUACCAGGACUUAGUUCCUUUUAUUGGAAAGGAGAUUGAUGAGCAGUUGGCCAAGGGGUCAGUGGAAGAGUACUGGUUUAGGUUAGCCGGCUCCUCUGUCUGGUUGGAACAGUAUGGGGUACAUUAUAUGAUAAGUAGAUUGGUAUACUCAAGGAAUAAAGUGAAGGAUAAGCCCUUUGUUUCUUUACUCUAUGUUCAAUUGUUCGAUGAAAAUUGGAACGAAUUACGUGAUGUACAUUUAAUAUUACCAUCCAAUGACCCUUCGAAAUUGAAAUUGGCUAAACCUGAGAUACAAGAUCAAAUUCACUAUAAGGAAGUGAAAUUUCCAAGCAUUUUACCUGUUGCACAUUACAUUAAUGAUAAGCACCAAUUUUAUGGACCAGAGGAUCCCCGGAUUUUACUUGUUAAAAACAAGCUUGGAUACGAAGAACCAACGAUAUUUUUCAAUGCUAACCACAGGAAAAUUAGUGAAAUAGUUGAUGAUGGGGAAGGUUCAUCAACUGUUAAAUUUGAUCACUUUAGAUCUAUGUUUAUGUGUUGGCCAUGGCAAUACCAGUUGGGAAAAGUAAAUGUCGAUGGAUUGUCAGAUAAUAAAUACGAUUAUAACACUUAUAACAGAGUUCAUGAGAUCCGAAGAAAGGCACUUGACAGGGGAGCAACUCAAAAGAACUGGACACCCUUCAUAAACUAUCUGGAAAGAUAUGAGAAUGAGGAUUCUGAUAGAUUUGUCUACUUCAUUUAUAGAUGGUCCAAUUUGGAGAUAUUAAAAUGCCAGUUGACGAAUUUAGUUUUCGAUAAACCACUGCAGUGUGAAUUUGUCUAUAGAAUGGAUCCUAGUUUGGCGUUGGAUUUUGGUGUUGGAGCCAUGAGAGGAGGUACCGAAUUGAUUAAUAUUAGACAAUUGCUUGAAGAAAAUUAUCAAAAUGGAGUGUCUCAAUUGAAAGGCGUUUUGAUGAAGUUCCCUUCGGAAAGAGAAAUCUGGAUUGGAUUUCCAAGAGCUCAUAUUACCGAUUGUGGGUGUGGACUGGGCAUGUACAGACCAAACCUAGCUGUGAUAACCAAGUACCGUAAAAAGUUUAAAGUGCACUCUGUUAGUUCAUUCUUCUCCUUAGGUGUUGACACCAUUGGGUGGAAUCCAAACCAACCUUCCCUGAAAUGUGACGGACUCAACGUAUAUAUCCCGAACGGAGUAUCCUCGUGGACUAUUCGCCCUACUUCCAACGGCAAUGAAAUCGAAGAUUACAUGACAAUGUCAUUUAGUCUUUCAGAUGCUACAUGCCAUAUUAUCCAUAUUAGAGGUCUUUUGACUUCAUUGCUCAAUCUCGAUAAAAACUCGACUGAUAGAUUAUUUGAGUCGCCUACUAUAAACCCAGAAGAAUUUGGGUUCAACAACGAGAAUUUGGACUGCGCAGUGCGUAAUAGCGAGGAGUUUUGUCGACUUUAUGGAGAAAAGUUUAAUCCACCUAAAGAGGAGCCUGAAGAGGAACCUAAAGAGGAACCUAAAGAGGAAGCUGAAGAGGAAGCUGAAGAGGAAGCUGAAGAGGAACCUCAAGAGGAACCUAAGGAGGAACCUAAACUGGAGCCUAAGCAGGAGCCUAAAGAGGAACCUAAACUGGAGCUUAAUACACACAGAAGAGCCUAG